CUUAAGUGUAAGGUUGAAGUUGUGUUGUUUUUGGGUAUUUACAUUUAUUAAGAGUUAUUUUAUAUUAAAUCAAAAGUAUAACAUUGUAAAUCAUCAUGAAGGUUAAAAAACAACAUCGUAAGAAGAAAUUUCUACACAAACUUAAUCGCAAAAGAAUGAAUAGAAAACAACGCAAUACAGGCACCGUGCCAUGUGAAAUAAUAAAAGAUGCAUGGGAUCACAAGAAAUCUACUUAUAAAAAUCUUACAGAUAUGGGUCUAGCAAAUGACCCAAAUAAAAUUAUAAAGAUACCAAAUUUCAAACAAGAAAAAAUAAAACAAGCUAAGGUGAUUGUUAACAAGGGUGAAGUAGAAAACACUGAUGAGGAGGAAACAAUCACUGCAGUACCAAUAAAAAAAGAAGUUGCUGAAAAAUUAGAAAAAGAAGCUAAAGCACCAAGAGAAAGGAGAUUUAUGCUACCAAAAGGACAAGUAGAAUUUAUAACAUACUUAUUGGAUAAAUAUGGACAUGAUUAUAAAGCAAUGGAAAAAGACAGGAAGAACUAUUAUCAAGAAACAUGGAAACAGCUGAGAGCUAAGAUUAAAACAUUCAUGGGUAUACCCAAACAGUAUGGUGAAUAUCUACAAGCAAGAGGAUUAUUAGAUAAAGAACCCGAUGAAGAGGAAUUGAAGAAACAAGCAAAAGCUUUAGUGGAGGAUUAGUUUAAGUUAUAAUUUACAAGGUUUUCUACUGAAUGUCUCAUAUAGUUUUAUUACCAUGGGAGGUACAUGAAACAUGUAAAUAAAUCGUAAGAAAUACAAGC